AUGUCUCCUCAAAAAUCAGCCGCACUUCCUCCACCCGUUCGGGCGCCUCAGUCGCUCCAACCUCCUACGUCGCGCUCAUGCCCCGAAGACCCGCGUGUUAUCGCCCAGCAAAAGGCCGCCAAGAUCCGUGCCGGACGUGAAAUCUCCGGAAUUCAGGGGAAGAUUGCGGAUGGGCGGACAAGCACGAGCGGGAGCAUGGGUAGCGGCAGUCUUGGAGUGAGGAGUAAGAUCAGGCAUCAUGGCGUGCCAAAGGCGAGCGGGUACCAUAGCGCGAACGCGAAUAUGGUGGGCGGAGGAGUGCCGAUGCGGUUGAGUGCAAAUGAGGUGGGAGAUGAGGGAACGUAUAAUGGAAGCGUGACGGGCUCGUCACCGCCAGGGCCAGGCCGGAUUUUGCACCAGCGCACGAAUAGUGGGCAGAGCAGUGUCCGUGACUCGCGGUUUUUGACGGUCGAUACGCAGCAAGGAAGACGGUUUAGUCAGGGCAGCACGCCGAUUAGUGCGCAGAGUGGGAGUGGGCAUGGGGAGGGGAUACCAGAGCUCGAAGAGAAGGAGAAGGGGGAGGAGGCUGUGGUGUCGGCGGGACCGAAGAGCGCGACGUCGAGUGAGAGGGAGAAUAGCUUUGGGAAGGUGGGGGAGAUGGCACCGCCAGUACCGAGGAAGGAUGAUGUGCUCGGGAAGAAGAAGGAUGGAGAUUUGGAGAGGAGGGGGAGUGUGGAGGUUAGGAAGAACCCGUUUACGCUGUUUAUUGCGAACCCGGAUGUGGAUAGCGAUUCGGACUGA